AUGAAGCGCGCAUUAUGCGCGCAUCACGUCGAGCACCCCCUUCUGCGUCACGUAGACUUAGCCCGCUGGGUUUACGCCCAGUAUGGCCUGCGGCCUGACCGCUCCACGGUCGGACGCAUUUUGAAGAAUGCCGAUCGUUGGGCAAUCACCGACCCCGCCGACGCCAAUCAAGUGCGCCGUCGUGGUGGCGCAUGGCCCGAGCUUGAGCAGGCGAUGGCUCGCUGGAUCGCUAACGCUGGCCCCGCAGGCGUACCACUCACUCUGCAAACGAUCCGCGACCACGUGGCGAUUAUGGCGCGCAACAUGGGCAUUCCGCCCGUGUUUCGAUGCUCCAUUGGCUGGGUGCGCCGUGCGUUGCGGCGCCAGGGAGUGCGGUGCCGUGCCGCCACCGGCGAGGCGGCGAGCGGCGACAUGGCUGCUGUGCGUGAAGCGCGUGAGAAGGUGCCGGCGCUUCUUACUCACCUCGGCUACCAGCCGCGCGACACCUACAAUCUUGACGAGACACCUCUGUGGCUCUCUGUGCUGCCCCGAAAAACAUGCAACAACACCCGCAUUCCGGGGCGCAAGGUCUCAAAUGAGCGGCUGACCGUCGCGUUUCUCGUCAACGCCGACGGCAGCCAUGUUUUCCGGCCGCUCGUCAUCAGCAAGGCGCGCCGUCCUCAUGACUUCCGGCCGGACUACGACCCCGAAGCCGUCUGCUACUGGCGGCAUAACGCCAAGGGCUGGAUGACCAGUGCGCUCAAUGCCGCGAUGUAUGCCGAAGGGAGGGAAAUCGCGGUGCUGCUCGACAAUGCCAGCUCCCAUAUGCUGCGGGACGAGUGCGCGUGGAGCGAAAUCGUCUGCGGCAUGCGGACCACCCGCCUCAGCAACGUGCGCCUCAUCUUCCUGCCGCCGAACACAACCGCCUUCACGCAGCCGCUCGACCAGGGGAUAAUCGCGACCGCGAAGGCCCGCUAUCGCCAGCACUGGCUGCGUGCCUUCACGGCGCUGUGGAACGACGACGGCGCAACAAGCGCCGUGGCCCGCUAUCGCCCCAAUCUGCGCGAUGUGCUGGGGUGGCUCUCAGACGCCUGGAUGAGUGUCGGUGCGCGCACCAUCCAGAGGCAAUUGCACUCUAAGUUCCCAUAUUGA